AUGGUCCAAGCAAAACGUGAAGAUUAUGAUCUUGAUCCUUUGGUAAUGGUUGUAGAAUGGAAUGAGUGUGGAAUUUGUGCUAAUUAUCCAACAUCCAUUCGGCAGUUUUUAUCUCCACGUUUCGCUAUUCCAGCAGUUGUACCUACUCUAUCUGAAUCUCUUUUUUGUGCUGAUGGUCUUCAUGUUCUUCAAAAAUAUUUUAAUAUCGUUGAUGAUCUCCAAAGGCAUUAUGCGUUCAGAAAUGUACCUUCAUUGGGUCGUGUAUAUCUUGUAUCAGUAACAAGAGCAAAUGUUGCAGAUAUCCAAGAAGUUCAUAAUGUAUUUAGUAUUAAUUAA